GAGAAGAGAGGAGAUGGCAACGUUUGAUUCACACUCAGAGCUAAGGCUGGUGGUGCUGGGCCGGGCUUGGACAGAGAAGCGUCCAGCUGUCUCCACCAUCCUGGACCUGCAAGACAAGGAGCAGGGCACAGAUGGCCAGGACAGCCAGGAGUGCAGCAAACACAGAGGAGAAGCUGCAGACAGACAGGUGAUGGUGGUCUCCAGCCCAGACUGGUUCAGCGGCGACUGCGACUCAGAUGACAGAAGAAAGCACAUCUCCUCCUUUAUUGCCUUAUCCAGCCCGGGGCCUCAUGCCUUCCUGCUGUGUGUCCCUGUGAACCAGCCAGCUGUUGGAGAGGCUAAAGUGCUGGACGUCCUGCAAACGUUGUUUGGCCCCUCUGCAGUCAGCAGCAACACCAUCAUACUCUUCACCCAUACGGAGGAGCUGGAUGAGGGCGAGCAGCUGGAGGAAUACCUGGUCACGUGGCGCAAGGACCUGGGGGCGCUGGUGGAAAGAUGCGGUGACAGAUAUCACACCCUGGAAACCCGUGGUGGAGAACCAGAGGAGAGGAAAGCUGUGGAGGAACUGCUGGAGAAGGUGGAGAAGAUGGUGAAAGAGAGUGGGACACAGCACUUAAACUGCCCCCUCUAUCAGGAAGCAGAGGAAAUGCUGAGAGCAAGGCAGUUAGAGAUAGUCAGACAGAGGAGAGGAGAGCAGCUCGACGACCAGGCACCUCCCACAGACUCACUACCGGAGGAAAACGUGACGGAUGAAGAGAUGGAGAGAGUACGGGAAGAGGCAGAGAGGAGCGUAGGGGAUUUGAAUGUGGAUGUAGAUAGUAUUUUCCCUUCUACCGUCAUGACUUCCUCGCAUCCUCCUUCUUUCCUCUGGGGCUUGUGGGAGAAGCUGACAGGCUGGAUCAAGUGGGCGUCCAAGCUUGUGAGAAGGGAGGCCUUGGCGGGAGCUCUGGUAGGCCUGUUUGUGGGAGGGCCAUUUGGAGGUAUGGUGGGGGCCACUGUGGGAUCAGUGGCUACUGAGGUGGGGAGAAGAAAAACACAGAAAACUAAAUAAGUCAUAAAAAGUUAUUAUGCAUUCAUUUGCACUUAGAAGUCAAUUCACUGUGUUCAGCAAACCAACGUAUUACUGAGCUAUUGGCUUAUCAGCUAGCACCAAAACAAGUAUUUAUAUUAACAACUGAGCACUACUUAUUUUCUAUUUUAGGAUGGGAACCACUCUAAUGAGGAAAACUGUAUUAUCUAAUGACUUAAUUAAUGGUUAUUAAAUGACCCUGUGUCGAUAAGACCCAGUAAUAAGCCAUUCAUUAGAGUAAUGUUUGGGUUGCCAGGUUUGUAAUAUCCCUUUUGGCUGGUGUAUCAUCCUCUACUAAACUUACGCUGUCUCUCUCUUAAGUCUUCUUCCAUUAUAAUAAUCAUAUAAUAAUAAAUCUGC